ACACAAGUCAGCGUGUACUCUGCUGUAGCGUUAGUGGAGCAAAAGUUUAUUGUAAAAGCAUUAGAUUGUCGUUAGUAAACACUGUUAGGCUUUUGUCGUCGCGAACUUUAGAAGGAGAGUUGAGAAAGUCAUUCAUAGUAUCUCCAACGACCGAACAGGCAGACAAGUUAACUUAGCUAUAACUUAGCCACUAAUGCUAAAAACAGUCGAAGCUAGCAGCGUCUGUUUGGGUGGCUAGCGCACUUCACUUUUUUUGCUUUUGGUUUGUUUUUAGCGCAAGAGACGAGUUAUUUUCUGACAUAAUAGUUACACGUGAGCCUGCAGUCAAUAAUGCAAGACCAUGGUCGUCUUGAGAGAAGGAAUGUGUCCCGGACUGGAUGAGGGUUUGGUGCGCGACUUGCGUGCUGCCGAUAUUAAAACAGUGGAGAACCUGGUAUCAUCUAACAUCGAGGAACUUGCUCAGAAAUGCUCUGUGUCAUAUAAGGCUCUGUUUGCCAUCCGUCGAGUGCUGCUGGCCCAGCACACAGCAUUCCCCGUGUCAGGUGCUGAUCUGUAUGAAGAACUAUUAAGCUCAACAGCCAUCCUUUCCACUGGAAAUCCGAGCUUAGAUAAAAUGCUGGAUUCAGGCUUGUAUACUGGAGAGAUAACAGAGCUGUCAGGAGGCCCAGGAAGCGGCAAAUCUCAGGUGUGUUUUGGUGUUGCAGUGCACAUUUCUUACCAAUUGAAACAGAGUGUGAUAUUUAUCGAUACGACAGGAGGGCUGACUGCCAGCCGCUUGCUUCAAAUGCUACAAGCUGAAACGAGUAACACAGAAGAGCAGAUGGAAGCUCUUCAGAGGAUCCAUAUCUUUCGUCUGUUUGACAUCUUCUCUCUACUUGACUGUUUAUACAGUCUUCGCAGUGGCAAGCUUCAGGUGUCUGUUGGUGGUGGCUCUGUCAAGGCUGUGAUCGUGGACUCUGUGUCAGCUGUUAUCUCUCCUCUACUAGGAGGCAAACAAAAUGAAGGCAUGUCCUUGAUGAUUCAAGUGGCAGGAGUUCUUAAGAUGAUGGCAAAGGACUUCAAUGUUGCUGCUUUGGUUACAAACCACGUUACGAGAAGUGGCAGCGGGGAGGUGCAGCCGGGCCUCGGUGUGUCGUGGAGUCACAUCCCCAGAACCAGGAUCCUGCUGGAGCGAGUACAGAAGGCUGUGACAGUCAGCCACUCCAGUCUGCGCUCUGCAACACUGAUCAAGUCUUCUAGACAGCCUUGUCACAUCAAAGAAGAGUUUGACUUGCUGUGGUGGAGUCGCUCUAAAGAAGGAUCCUCAGGAAAGAGAAAACUGGAUGAGACCGAUUCCUGAUGAGAGCAAACUAUAAUCCUCUGCGUCAACGUCUGAUCAAAGGGAGGGACGACGCGCCUCUUGCGAAUACAUUCCCAGAUCCAGCUGGUUGAGACUCUCUUGGCCUGGCUUUCCUCUUCAGGUUCAGCCAGGGUAUGUGUGGCUGAGGCGGCGUCAUAGUCCGGUACAAGGUCUCCAUCAUACGCCACAAAGUACCGCCUCAGUUUGUCAAAGUCCUGCACUGAGACGGGCAGGAAAAGCUUCACCCCGCUGAAGAUGUCCAGCAGUGUCUACAGGAAAAAUACAAACGGUCAAAGUGUACAACUGUACAAACUACACGGCAAACACUUGUUCAUUCAUUUGAUUAAAUUCUGCAGUCGCACCACUCCAUGAUGAGAAAUUGGUUAUGCAUCUGGCUGUAGGUCUGCAACUACUUAUUGUAGUAACUGAUUAAAUUGUUAAUUAGAAAAUGAAUGUUAGUCUAUAACAUGUGCUCAUCUUGUGUUAACAGCACCUAAAGUGUUUUAAAACAAAAAAGUAGUCAGAUUGUAAUGAUUUGAAAAUCAAGGAACAUUUCCGAUGGCAGUUUUGAGUAAUCAUUUAAAUCAAUUUGAUUGAAUUUGUUUUCUAGCCACAGCUUAUAUAGGACAAGUUAACUGAAAACUAUGGUUUCAGUUUUUAUAAUUCUGACCACCAGUUUUGAUUUGGAUUUGAUUGUACUGGUCAAAGUAAAUCACUGAGAUUGUAAAAUGUAUCAUCAUGACUAACAAUGGGUCCAAUAGGGCAAGAAACACAAACUUCAAGAUCAGAAAUAGUACAUAAUCUGGUUAAACUGUCAUCUUCUUUAUAACCUGUGUGAUAGUAAGACUACUACAGUUUCUUGCCUUAGACUCGAUGUCACUGUAUCCCCAGAUCUUAGCAAUUACUUAGGUGAGUACAAUGUUAUCAUUGCUGAUAAACCAAAGUUGUAAGAGACGGUAGUAUUCCUUUAACUGGUAGAAAGAGGUUAUGUUGUGUACCUGUAAAGAGACAUUAAACCCCAAAAUGGCAGAAUUAGAAAAGCAUUUUCUCCUCAGUACAGUUUAAUAAAACAUUUGCCAAUCUGAGUUUGAAGAUGUGGGAGCUGGAUCACCUCUAGCCUUUGUACUAUGAAUAGUUUCAGUGCACUUGAUUGCUUACAGAUAAAUGAAGAGAGACCUGCUGACUAACCUUGUCAUUGCUUGGAACCAGCAGUUGAGAGGUUGGCUUUGUUUUGGUUUGUCCGUUGCUGUGAACACUUUCACUUCUCUCACUCUUUAUCUGGUAGGAAACAGACUGGUCAGUUCAUCACUACUGCAUGAAGAUUAGCCCGUGCAGCUCAGGCUUGACUCAUCUAAACUGUCUGACAGGAUGGAAGUGUACAUCUGUCAUGUGAACAUAUUGUGUGUUGUGCAGUAAAUACAAUACCUUCUUGGCACUGGGUGUUUCUGAACCAGGAGUGCGAGGCUCAGAUUUUACAGCCUUUGGUUUGGGUGGGCUGCUGCGGUCUGAAGUAAGAGCAUAUUAUUGAUUAAAUAUCGAAUAAAGCAGCAUUUGCAGCACUAA